CUCUCUCUCUCUCUCUCUUUCUUCCUUCAGCUCUCUCUCUUCCUUCAGCAGAGUUGGUUGAGAGACAAGGAGAGAGAAACAAUGGCAUCUUAAUCAGAAAGCAACGCGAUUCGCUUUCUCUCUGUUCCUCGCUUGUUUACACCUCUUUUGUUCAAUUCGGAGACAGCGAGAUCGGAAUUCUGAAUAUGGUGUGCUGACUUGCGCUAAUGUGGUUGGUCGAAGGCCAUUGAGUUUUGACGGAUGAUCGGUUUCUGAUUGAUCAGGAUUCGUUUCGGACCAUUCGUGCCAGGAUUUUGUCGUCUUCCUUUUGUCUCUGGUGUGCGUGAAAUCUUGAUGUAAUCGGCGAUCCGAUUGUCGGCCGCAUUAGACGCAAUGCCAGGAGAAGUAGCUUUAGUUCAAGAAGAUGAGAAGUCGAGAAUUUUUGAAAUUGAGACCUCUGAGGACGAAAGGAGGAGGUCUCGUGGCAGAUCGCUUAAGAAGAAGACCGUGAAUGCUUCAUUAAAACUCACGCAGAGUCUCAGAAAGCGCGGUAAAAAGGUCGCCAAUUGUCGGUAUGCUUCAAUUUCGAUCGAGGAUGUUCGGGAUGCAGAGGAGGAAGAAGCAGUGAAUUCAUUUCGCGAGGCAUUGCUCACGAAAGAUCUUCUUCCGGCUCGCUUUGAUGAUUACCAUACUAUGUUGAGAUUUCUGAGGGCAAGGAAGUUUGACAUUGACAAGACUCUACAUAUGUGGGAAGAAAUGCUUAAAUGGAGGGAAGAGUAUGGAGUAGAUUCUAUUAUAAAGGAUUUUGUAUACGAUGAGUAUGAAGAAGUUCAGCGCUUUUAUCCUCAUGGUUACCAUGGUGUAGACAAGGGAGGAAGACCUGUUUACAUUGAAAGGCUUGGAAAAAUUGAACCCAGCAAGCUAAUGAGUGUCACUACAGUGGACCGAUUUUUGAAAUAUCAUGUCCAGGGUUUUGAGAAAGCUUUUGCGGAGAAGUUUCCUGCAUGUUCUGUUGCGGCAAAAAGGCAUAUUGAUUCUAGCACAACAAUACUAGAUGUCCAGGGGAUGAAUUGGGUCAGCUUUGGAAAGAAUGCCCAUGAUCUUGUUAUGCGCAUGCAAAAAAUUGAUGGCGACAAUUAUCCUGAGGCAUUGCAUCAGAUGUUCAUAGUCAAUGCUGGCAAUGGAUUCAAACUCCUAUGGAAUACAGCAAAAACCUUUCUUGACCCAAAAACUGCUUCAAAGAUACAUGUUUUAGGAAACAGAUAUCGAAACAAAUUGCUCGAGGUCAUAGACUCAAGCCAACUUCCGGACUUCCUAGGGGGAACUUGCUCGUGUCCGAAUGAUGGCGGUUGUCUUAGAUCUAACAAGGGACCUUGGAGUGACCCAGAUAUAAUGAAACUGGUACAUACUGGAGAAACAAUGUAUUUACGGAAAAUAAAAGGCUCAUCUAAUAGUGACAAUCUAGGAGUCAAGUUGUUGUCCUCUAAGGUUGCAAGCGGUGAAAUAAUUUCUGCCUCCAGGUCAGAAGCAGACAUUACGCCAAGUGUUUCUGGCUUCAAGCAACCAAUGCCUCUUUCUGACAAAGAAGGAAUAAGUGACGCUGCAUCUCUCUGCAGCCCGGUUGAACCAGGAAGCACUUCUGGAAGAACUGAAGUUGCCGGCCCUAGUUUGACUAAUGAUUUGACCACUAAUGUUGCUCCAAGAAGGCCAGUGAAGGAUAUAAUUCCCCGAGUAGCAAGUUUAGCGUUUCACUUCAUACUCAAGAUCUUAGCGUGUAUAUAUUUAAUUUUCCCAAGGAUGAGAAGAACGCCCACUGUGCAACAACCAGAGAACCGCAUAGAAACCCCAAAGCCACCAAUUGCAGAUUCAAGUUCUCCGGAGCAGAGCACUCCGCAGGCACUAGAAAUUGACCCACUCUGGCAGAGGCUGCAACAUCUAGAAACCAUAGUCACGGAGCUGUAUAACAAACCUACAAGAAUACCCCAAGAGAAAGAGGACAUGCUUCAUGAAUCCAUGAGCCGUAUUAGAUCUAUAGAAUACGACUUACAAAAGACUAAAAAAGCGCUACUAGCAACUGCGUCAAAGCAGGUGGAACUUGCCGAGUUGCUGGAAGGCUUAAAGGAAACCGCCUUAACUCAGGGAACAAGCUCUUGUUGGCCGAGAAAUUGCAGGUCUUAUAGCUAUGCCCCAGGAAGAUGAGAAAAAUUCCCUUUUCUCAAGAAUACUGAAAUUGCCAAUUGACGAUCCUCUGUACUUGACAGUGCAAUGACAAUCAGAUCUGAAGUCACCCAGCCAAAUUAAAGGGGUUGUCAUUUUAGGUUGUUGUAGUUGGAAGCUGAAAAUAUUCAUUUACCAAACAAACGGAAGAGUAUUCACCAGAGAAUAACUUUUUCUUGGAUAAAUAUUGGCAUAGAAAGUGUUCUAGAAAAAAUAAAAAUAAAAAUAUGGUUAUAGCGAGCAUAACGAAGAUGCGCAUAAUCUUUGAUUUUGCUGUACAUACGAUAAUUUUUUUUUUAAAUUCCUUUUUUUGGUACUUUUUGCCAUAUGACAUUCUACUUGCAUUUGGAUACCAAUAGAAAAAUUUACAAAAGCAGCGUUGUUGCGACAUUUGUAUUUGACAGUUUAAGUCACUUGCAUAUUUCCCGAAGAUUGAUCUCUAA